AAAGGUGCCCGCAAGGGACAUUUAACAAUCAAGUCAAUGGUAAAUGCCGACCAUGGACACAAUGUCCAUCCAAUAAGAUCGUGAGUCCUGGGACGGAGAAGGAGGACGUGAUGUGUGUGCCCGAGUCCGAAGACCCAGCACCGUCACCAACUGUCCCAGGCUCAGACACCACUGUACGCAUAGCAAUCACCACCGGUACCGCCCUGACUGCAAUUUGUGUGGGGCUCCUGCUGCUGCUGUUCUGCAUCUUCUUCAGCUUGUGGGCCCAGAAGAAGUUCCCGGCUGUUUUCAAGAAACUCUCCCUCAAGCCCCUGGUGCAGGAGGUGGAGGACUGCAGUUGCCGCUACCCAGAAGAAGAAGAAGGGGGAGGCAGCGAUAUCUCGGGCCUGAAGGGGGAGCUACUGGAAAAUAUUCCUUAACCAAUCACAAAACCCCAAAUUCCCCCCCCCCACGAGCAAGAUGGAGGCCAGGAAUGUCAAUGCAACGAAGAACAAUGCAAAAGGACCUUAGCAACCCCCUCUCCUGUUGAUCAGGGACGAACAGCUCCAGAAAUGUAAGCCUCCCCUCCCUACAGCUCAGAAAGAAGUUUGCGGGAGCGAGAAAAGAGGACUGCUUUGCCAGGGUCGGCAUAGUACAACCGUCCCCCUGGACUGACACCCUUUUCCUAGGACUAUGGCAUAGAGGUUGCAUUGUGGGAAGACCAGGCUUGGCUCUCUCUUUUUUUCGGGGGGGAACAGAGGGGUCUUCAGGGCUCUCAAGCCCCAGGCUUCUCACGGCUGCCUUUCAUAAUGGAACAGAUAAAGUGGGAUUCUGAGCUAAGAGAGCCGCUGCAAACAGAUGAUUCCACUGCAGAAAAGACCCCUGCCGCAGGAUAAUCGUCAAGCCUGCCUCAGACAGGAGACCUGAGGCCCUGCUAAGGGCAAUGGCAGGAGAAACAGAACCCGGCUCCUCACAGUGAUCUGAUCUCUUGCUUCUCCCAUUCAUUUCGAUUGGGCUUCUGCAGGAGAACUUACCAGGCACACGGAGCCCCAUUUUCAUAACUGUUGUGAGAUAUUUAGUUCGAUUCGCUGUUUCAGAAGGGAGUGUUCCGCCCACAAGCUCUUCUGCAGUAGAAUUAGCAGACCCCCCCCCCCAGCCCCUGCAUCAACCCCCAGCUCCUUAGCUGUUUUUGCUCCAUUUAGGUUCGUACAAAAAA